AUGAGUUGGCUUUUUUUCCCUUCAAACUCCAGUAGAUAUUUAUUAUGGAAAAAGGAAGAUUUUCGAAAAGUUUCACAUUCCCAGCGACUGCAACUGAAAAAAAAAUACAUUGGCGUGAAGAACAAAAAUAAUCAUAACAGUCUCCCAAUCGACCCUACAACCUUUUCUGUUGACGUUCAUUUGAAGUUAUCUUAAUCUCAUGCUCCCUUAUGAUCAUGGGAUAUUUACUGUAUUCCUUGCCUCUCGUCUGUUGACCGUAAUUGUUAUUAUCUAAUUAUUGACGUAAUAAUUUGCGGCCGAUUUGUCUUAUUCUUGUGCGUAUCUGUUUACUGCAUUUCCCUCGAAAUGUCAAAGUGUCCGACUUGUAACAAAGAUGUGUUCUUUGGUAAGUAAAAACUGCCUUAGAGGGGUUUAUUUAAAUCAACACCGCUCGCAUAAAAACUACACGCGCGCUGUUCAAAUUUCUGUCAACUUGAUAUUUGUAUUUUCAGUAUCUGUCCUUUUUGCUUUCUACGCGUUGAAUUUCAUCAAUUUUGAUUCAUGGACUCUUAACUUGACGUUGUUAGUAGAAAAUUAUCAAUAAAAUCUUGUUCAGUAGCUGAAGUAAUGGCAUAACAAAUAUUUACAGAUUUGGAAAAUGCGUUGGCUUACGCAGGUCGGGAGAUUAUUUCAUUCGCUAUCUUCGUACACGAAUAAUUUUAUUUCGGUAUUGUCGCUCAUUUCUAGCUACUCAGUAUAUAGGUCAAAGCCUCAUUAUAGGACAACAAGAUUAACAGUUAGUUGUUAAACAAACUCUUUGUGUAGCGGAGAUUGUUAAACUAAUUGAAAUAGUUGUCUGGGGCUAAAAAAGAUCUUGACUUUAUUGAUUUAUCUUUUUAUCGCGAGUGAAACCCGUGUCUGAUUAAAAACUCUCUCGUUUUUCUUCAUUUCUAGCCGAAAAAGUGUCUUCUUUAGGAAAAGACUGGCACAGGGGCUGUUUAAAAUGUACAAGAUGCGGGAAAACGCUCACUUCAGGUGGCCAUGCAGAGGUACUUUGUCUGUUUCCUCUCAACCUAUCUUGUGCUGCGGUUUACCUUUUAAAGUUCGGAAUCUGAAGAAUUUGUCAAAAGUUAAUCUAAACAGGGGGUAAUUUAUAUGAAAUCAAUCAUCUGAUUAUAAUUAUCAAAUUCCCUCUUACACUCUUACAACAUGCUAAGAUAAACAUUUAUUGGUGAACUUUCUGGCUACCAUUUGUAGUAAAUUAUUUUGAAAUGCGCGGGGUUGAAUACUUUGCACCUUUCAGUCAAUCUGAAAUUUGAAUUUGCACUUUUCAUGCAAUUAAGCAGUAACUUUUAGUGGUUCUUUUAUUCAUCAAUUGUCGUUUUGUGGUGACAAACGAUUCAAAAGAUUGACAGGUGCUGUCUAUAUGAUUUAUAGUACAAAUGGAAUAAAUUAAGAUUCUUAACCCUCUCUACAUGCACAGGAGUUCUCUGAGUCAGAGUGAAAUUAAUUUUUCUGUGCUAUAAAAAUUCCUAAAUCUGUUCAAUUCAUGACUGUUUUAUAUGUUUCGUUUUUGAAGUUGAAUCCACAGAUCUGAACAAUAAUAAUUAUGGUUUCUUACACAAUAUCCAUGACCUCUUUCUCAAAGGUUUUCUUUUUUCUUACUUUUUUUUCCACUUGGGCCUCCACCCUACCCUGAGGGGAAUUCCAAUUCUGCUUCAAACUUUCCUUCCUUCCCUCAAAGUAUUUUCUUCCUUUUUUUUCCUUUUAAACCUCUACCCUACCCUGAGGGAAAUUUUAAUUUUGUUCUAUACUUUCCUUCUUUCCCUCUGAGGUUUUUUUUUUCUUCCUUUUCUGCAUUUGAACAUCUUCUCUACCUUUAGGGAGAUUCUAAUUUAGCUUCCUAUUUUUCCUCAGAGUUUUUUUUCCACUUGAACCAUCACCCUCCCCUACUUCACACUCUUCUUCCUUCCAUCAAAGCUUUUUUUUUUUUUCAUUUGAACCUUCUCCCUGAUGGAGGGAAUUUCCAAUUACACUUCACAUUUUUUCAUUUUCCCUAAAGGUUUAUUUUCCCAGACCCCCAAACACCUUGGAAUUACAAAUGAUCCUUCAUGGAGUGGGUAGAGAACACAUUCCGACCCAUCCCCUUCUGCUGAUAAAUCACAUUGCAAUGUUAUGUCUAGUUUAUAUCACUGAAAUAUGAAUUGAAUACAAUAGAUUGAAUCCCUUUUUUUAAGCGUGUGGUAGAAAUCUAGCUCCCAAGUUGUGUGCACCACUUGAUCAACUUUCCAUUGCAUGAAAUGACUAGCCAUAAUACCACAUCCCCAGGAUAGUUGGAAAGUCCUUUACAGACCCCCCAUCCCUCCCCCACUCCUUGAAGUCCUGUACUUCACUGUGGUUGACCUGGCAGACCCAAUUACCCUGCACCCUGUGUCUGCCGUGCUAGGAACGCAACAACAAUAUCAACACAAUAUCAAACAGACAAGUGAUAAGAUUAAAGAAAAAUAUAAAUUAGGGGAUCAAUGGUUGAUUUAAUACCAAAUACUUGGAACUAAUAUUGUAGGAAUUGUAUAGCAUCAGCAGUAAAAGGGUUAAAGAACUCAACACAAUAAUCACAUAUCAGAAUACCAAUGCAACCCUUUCUUGAUUCUAGAGUCCCAUGACACUGUGUCACUGACAGUUUUGCUCAGAUGAUUGCUUUUUUUGGUAUUUGCAGAAGGAUGGUAAACCAUACUGCCAUAUCCCAUGUUACAGUCACUUGUUCGGCCCUAAAGGGUAUGGUCAUGGUGGAACAGAAUCACACUCAUACAACUAAGGAUGUCAAGUUAUCAUUCCUGAAGAGCAUUUUGGUAGGUGAGAUUUCAAGGCACAUACACUUUAACUCUCAAAAGUGAUUAACAUAAAACUUCUCCCUACAAUAUCCAUACAUUCUUCAGCAAACAGGUAAUGAGAAUAUUCAAACUUAUCAGGUAGAAGCUGCUAUCUUGAUCUAGCAGCAAGUUCUCACAAUUAAUUUACAAGGAAAUGAGUCGCAGCUAGAGGGGAGAAUUAACAAUCAGAUCUUGGGAGUUAAAGGGUUAAUUAUCAUAUGACCCCCUAUGGCCCUGCUGGUGCUUUUACUGAAAAACAUUAUCCACAAAUUUGCCUUAUGGGGGCUGUAUUUGAUAAUGUAAACCUGCGAGCAGGUAGAAGUUAUCAUGAUGAUUUAAUGCCUAAUUCUUGUUACUAAUUUACAAGGAAAUAUGCAGCAGCUAGAGGGGAGAAUUAACAAUUAGAUCUUGGGAGUUAAAGGGUUAAAGAAGAAAGUGUAAAAAUAUAGAAUGAUGGCAAUAUUAUAACAUGCUUAUUGACUCAGUUAACUUGGGAAGAACAGGAAAGUCUUUGGCUCUUAAAGGUCAUGGCACUUAUUUCUUCACCCCAACUUUUUCGUUAGCCAUGGUGACCAAAUUGGUCACAGCUCAGAGUACUGGGAGAUGUAAAUCAUGGUCUAAAUAAAGGUUGACUUAAUUGAUAGGAAAGGGCUCCAAAGCAUCUCAAUUAAUUAAGAAAGUGCAGGGGUUAAUCCACAAAACCUAAAGACUGAUAUCUAAUUUCUUCAUACAGUAUCUCCCCUAAAUCAAAUGUUAAGGUCAGGGAAAUAAAGAAAAUGAUCUCCAAAGGGAGGAGCGCUUGAUUAUUUGACAAAUUCUCUUAUCAGUACCAUAGGAAAUGUACAGAAUAUGAAUCAGAAUAUGCAUCCAGAUGUAAGGGUGCUUAGGGUUAAUGUUAGUGUCCAUGGACCAGGUUUGAAAAAAAAGAUAUGAAAGGCAUGAUUGUUGUUAGUUUUUGAGCUUUAUGAAUGUUUAUGUUUGUUUUCCUUUUACAGGUUAGAGAGAGAGUACAGUUUGCGUUAAGAUAUAUUUACUUUAUUAGUUACCUUUGUUCACUUUUUGGAAUGAUGCAAGAAUAAAGGUUGACAAUAAAGUAAAGUUUGUUUUGUGACAGAGUCAGUUAUUUCACCGUAGGGUGGGGUUUGUUCGCCCGCGUGAGAGCAAAGCAAGCCGGUGAGAGGUUUCGAAGGAUCAGGCGCCAAUAAUGAGGCCUCCAGCGAUAAAAUGCUAAAAUAUACCACGCGGUGUGUAUACUAAUCGGUUCGCCUGGAAUAAAUACAAAGCUGAAACCAAUGGCAACUUGAUCAAACGCGGGAUUUCUCGCUUCUGGCAAUUUUUUUCCCUUUGUGUGAGCCAUUGAGGGAUUUUCAAUCGGGCCAAUCAAAAUCCACGGAUGCUUUUGGUCUUGCUUCACUACGAACCAUAACAAUUCACGCCAUUCUCUCAGCCAAUGAAAUGCAUAGCUGAAACCAAUCGCGACUUGUUCACCGGUGGGUUUUCCCGCGCUUCAAUCAGUCUGCGUGUUUCUACUUUGAGUUCUCAUUGGCUGGCUUCUUGUGAUAUUUUCCUUUAUUCUAAUUGGUCGCGCUCUGAUGGGCUCCCUGUGACAUUUUCUCUACCCAGAUCGGUCGUAGGGAUUAGUUCGGUUUUGGCUUUAGUACAUCCAAUCAAAACGCGCUCUGAAGUACAUGUGGAUGGUUUUGGUAGUCGUAUGUAGACGGAAAAGAUUAAGGUGCCUUAUGAGAUAGAUAUGAAUUGAAUGAAGAUCUUUUGAGCUUUAAAACUAAUCCAACCACUCCUCUCUAAUCAAUCUUAUUAAGGCACUUCCUUGCUUUAAGCUAACAGAGGCUAAUACAAAGCUUAUGUUAAUCUCAUCGAGUGGCAUGGGAGUGGCUAAAACCUGACGGUAAGAUCGAAGGAUACUGUGGGAUACUUAUAUACCUUAAUUUUUACCAACGAGAUACCAAUGUACCUAUAAACUUUUUAAAAACGUUCUCAACAAAUUCAUGAAAAUAUUGUGCACCAAAAGUGAAUAUAAAGACCACGAAUACCUGAAGAACUCAAACAUCCGGCUUGCGAGCAUUCCCUCUGUUAUCGCUGCAGGACACAUGGGUUAUCAGUCCCAGACCCCUUACAUACCUCUCGCCAGCUCAUGUUGUUCAAGGCCUUGUGCUGAACCGCCGAUAAUAAGAGCGCGCUCGCAGUCUAUAAAACACCCGGCGGGGCUUGGUUUCGACACAAUACACGUCAAACUGAGUAUAACAAAGCACGCUUCAGUCAAUCUUCUCUGCUGAAUAAUCGACUCCGCGUGAGGCCUUUGACAAAUCAACUGUUCUAUCGACAAAACAAUUUUCUUUUGUGCUUUCAUGCACACAGGUUACCCUACGGCGACAUCUUCAGUGGCUAGACUGUCAUAAUCUGUGUAUCAACGUUUCAAAUCAACAUUUUCUUGUACUCAACCUCUUAUGGUGUUUUUAUUUUAGUUUCAACAAUAGUUUGUACGAUUUUUAAUUCAGUUUUAAAUUCUGAAACCUCAGAAUACUGAUGGAAAAUCUUAUGUUAUUUUCGUAUGUUAAUUUUGAGAGAGCAUAAUAGCCAUAUGAGAACUCUUGAACAUUACCAGAUGUUCAGGUGAUAUUUUUUAUGAAAACUUAUGAUCAAUGAUUCGGCCUCAUUUUAAAAGGAAGUGUUUACUAAAAUGCUCUUCUUUCCUCUCUUCUCGUACAAUUGAGAGAACUAGAAAAAAGAAGAGAAAACUGUGUCUACUGUUUGUUAUUUUAUAUCGGAUGUACAAAAACUCGCAAAAAGUUCUUUUGUACGCUAGUAUUCAACAUUACUUUUCUGUAAGGGGACCUCGGGCAUGAAGAAUACGAGCAACCCCCCUUUUCGGUAGUCGCGUGAGACAAAAAAAACUCAACAAAAAAAAAAGUUGAUUUUAGCACUAAAAUCGUUCUUUUAAGCUGAGUUUUCUUGACUCGCGCGACUGAUUUCCCCAAAAAAGAAAGGACUGCUCGGAGUGUAAUGGGCAAGCUAAAUUUAACAUUUUUCUCGGAACAAGACACGGUUUUAGAUGUAUAGACUAACCAGCUAAACUACGAUGCUCAUUCAAAAUUGAUCGAUCCUUUUUUUUUUUCCUUUUCCAUCUCCUCGUGUUGGAAGCGUUACCCACGCGCAUUCUUAUUGGACAAAGAAGAAGAUCACCCGGUGAAAAUAUAUGCAAUUUGUAUUCAAAUGGACUGUCUUCUUAUAACAACAGGCAGGUGCGAGUUCGGAAAACGCCAAGCGAUCUUGAUUUCACAACCAGGAAGAAAACUUUUUGGAUCUGCUUUGAGAACAGCAAGAAUCUAUCUGGAUCAUGUCGCGAAAGUGUCCAACUUGCGAGAAGACCGUCUACAUGGGUAUGCUCUUAAUUUUUUGUCGAUCAUUUGAAAAUUUGGGAUCUGUUGUUUUGACUUCGACGCGCGCUUUUCCCGAGUGUUAUUUGCAUCCGUGAUGUGAACGACUCACGAUAAAAGCUGGAGAAUUCUUCGUUGCUUAUGACCUUCAUUGAUGCUUCUGGCGUUAAAUGGAAAACGUUCUCACGAAAUUUUUUGUCAAUGCGUAAAAAAUUAAAGAUUUUGUUCUUCGAUGAUCAUGAUCUCGUAUUCAUAUCUGCCAUUUCUUUGACAGGCGAGAAAAAAGAGUCUGUUGGAAAUUGGUAUCAUCCAUUGUGUCUAAAAUGUAAGAAGUGUGGCAGGCAGCUUGCGAAAGGAAACCACGCUGAGGUCUGUUGAUUAACUGCACUUUUCCCCACUAUUUGAGCGUAUGCUUUGCUUUGACAAGCCAAGAUUUCGAUUUGAUGCAAAUUCAAUACAAAAAUGUCUGAAAGUACGCUCUUGUUUAUAUAUGAUAUUGGAUGUCGUGACUUGAAUUCAUUUACCUAAAAUUAAGCUUAAGGUAACAAACCACACCUAAAGAAUUCGCAUUUGUUUUAUCGUGUUACCAGAACCUAUGAGGUAAGUCAACGAGAUCAUUCAGAGAGAGGUCAGCCAUCGAAAGAGGCGACCCUUCAAUAGUUGCAAAUUGGAGACUUCUCGUUUUAUCAGGAAACAAAGAAAACUCCCUUGCUCAUAUACAAAAUAAACAGAGAGGGUGAACUGUGCCGUUGGUAAAUGUUUCAAAUUUUUGAUUAACCUGUGGAUAGGUUUUCUUAUUUGUCUUGAUUUAGUUUCUUCAAACGGCCUAUGUACAGUGACCUUCAUUUACGAUAGUAAAGGGGUGCUAAAUAGGGAAUUAUUACAGUUUCGUAUCCUGGGGGGGGAUUAAUAACCAGCUUAAUUGCUGGCUACAUUUUCCGAAGAUUAGGGAAUUUUCGUCUGGGAGGACGAAGUACGCUAUUGCUUAGGCCUCCUCUGCCCCUAGUUCCCCCGCCUAUGUUGAGUUAUUCGUCCCGUCUUAUUCCCUUAGACUAGAAACCUCAAGUCAUACUCGUUUCCAGGAUUACUCUUCUCCCCGCUGGAGGGAGGGGAGCGGGAAGAGGAAGAAGAAAGACCCUGAAAACGAGGUUAACCUUUGGUCUAAAAUUGCUGUUAAUCGGAGGGUGCAAUAUAUUUGUUUGAUCUUCUCUUGACGGAAAAUUUUCGUUUUAAAUUGUUCGAUGUUUUCAGCGCAAGGGUCAGCCAUACUGUCAUAAUCCUUGUUAUGCCUCAGAGUUCGGCCCUGGAGGAUUCGGACAUGGCGGAACGGAGUCACACAAGUACUGA